AUGUCCUCCGCCGACGAGCUCUUCCACAACGGUCAGAUCCGGCCAAUGCGGCUCACGUCCUUCCUGCUCAGCCCGCAGGCGCUCCCGCCUCUCGACGGAGACGUCCCCCCGCCACCGCAGCCGCCGCCUUCGGAGCAGCCGCCGCCGCACGAGCGCGGCCGUCUCCGCCGGAGCCCGCCCGUGCACCGCCGGUACCGCUCCCUCUCCCCGUUCCGCGCCCGCUGGCUAUCGCCGUCGUCGUCGCCUGCCCCGGCGGCGAAGUCCGUGGAGCCAGCGGCGGCGGGCGAGGCCGAGGCGGCCCCGUCGGCGUCGCGGUCGUCGUCGUCCUCCUCGACGGCGUCCUCUGCUUCCUCCUCCUCGUCGUCAAGAAGCUACUACCGCAGGUGGGGUUUCUUGAAGGACAUCCUCCACCGGAGCAAGUCCGACGGCGGCGAGCGCCCACCUCUCCCCUCCAACCCGUCGCCUCCGCCGCCGCCGGCGGCGCCCAAGAGGAACCCCUCCCCGUCGUCCCCGGCGGCGGCAUCACGAGGCCGCGGGAGGGCGAGGAGGUCGGCGCAUGCGCGGCUGUACGAGGCCCGGCGCGCAGAGGCGGAGGAGAUGCGGCGGCGCACGUUCCUGCCAUACCGGCAGGGCGGCCUCCUCCUCGGCUGCCUCGGGCUCGGUUCCCGCGGCUUUGGCGCCAUGCACGGCCUCGCCGCCGCGGCCGCGGCCGGCAAGGCCAGACCGUGA